CAGCAGGCGGUGGAGGACUUGCUCGGAGAAACCAGAAUGGACUCCCCAGAUUAUGGAGUUGCAGCCUUGAGGAGAGGAAGCUAUGAUGAUGCUGCAGCUUCUCUACAUCCUCACCUCAGACACUUGGCUCAGAGACGGCGCUCGGCUCCAUCUCUGGUCUUUGGGAAGGCGUUAGGGAUGCCAUGGACUCCUAUCAGAGAGGAGGCUUCCUGUUGGGUCUCAGUGGAGCAGAGUCCAUUUGUCCUCGGCCUCACAAGUGAGAAUGGAGAGCUGCUGCUGGACGAGUGUAUUCAGGUCACAGAGGGCUCGAGGACCAACGAGAGACACCUGUUCCUCUUCAGCGAUGUUCUUGUCUUUGCUAAACUCAAGUCGAUGAGCAGCUACCGCCUGAAGCACCGAGUGAGCCUCGAGGACGUCUGGCUUUGUGGGUUUGAAGAUGAAGCGGAGGAAGAGGAGGGGACGACGGGGGAUAUUGACCUCAGAGUGACAGUCCUCCUGGCCUGGGAUCUCACUGUUUGUUUGGUGUGUUUUUGCUCGCCUGAGGUGAAAGAACGAUGGUUAGAUAUUCUUCACAGAAAAAUUAAAGACGCAAAAGCGAGAGCUGGUUGUGCUUCUUCCCCUCCAGACGUCCUCAUGAAGGUUUUGAGUAGCAGCAUCACGACUAAAACUCUAACAGGAGGUGGAAUGGAACAAUUAAUUGAGUUUCCACUUGAUGGCGAUGCAAAGAUAUGCGCUGUGUCAAAGCAGUUGAAUAACCAGGAGGACAAGCAUCCCAUUGAAACCAAGUGGAACCUGGUGAAGAGGCUCAGGAAGGGCUCUAGCUUCAUCAACAAAGCACACCGAUCAGAUACUGAUACCAAGACUCAGCUGUUUGGACAGCCCCUCUGUAAAAUAUGCCCAGAUGAACGUUCACUUCCCAAACCAGUCACAGAGGCGCUGGUGUUGCUGAGGAAGAGAGGGCCAUCCACAGAGGGAGUGUUUAGGAAACCAUGCAAUAACAAGAACAUGCGGGACAUCCGAGAGCAGCUGAACAACGGCCUGGAGGUGGACAUGGAGGUCCAGCCGGUCGUUCUGCUCGUCGGCUUGCUGAAAAGUUUUCUGAAGGAACUUCCCGGCAGCCUGCUGGUGUCUGAACUUUAUGACAAGUGGAUGGCGGCUCUGGACAAUGAAGACACCCAGCAGAGAUCUCUGGAAAUCAAGAAGGUGGUGGACGACCUCCCGGGAUCCAACAAACUCCUCCUGCAGCAUCUCGUCUGCGUCCUCUAUCACAUCCUCCAAAACGCUGACGUCAAUAAGAUGGAUGCCUACAACUUGGCUGUGUGUAUCGCCCCCACACUGCUGCAGCUGGACUGCACCCCGCUGGAUGAGCAGAAGGAAAAGAUGAAGAAGAUCACAGAGCUAACUCAGUUCCUGAUUGAGCAUUGUGAGAUACUUGGAGAUAACAUCCUACAUUUGCUGGAUAUUGAUGAAGACUCACUGUCCUCCCAGCAUCAUGACUCUGCGUAUGACAGCACCGACCCAGAUGGAGACGCAGAGGCAGGAGAGAGCACCACCUCCACACAUGGAGAGAGUGGAUCAUCUUCCUCUCUCAGUUCCAGUUUCACCGCCUCCUCUUGGCCAGCUGAGGCCAUCUUCAACACAAAGCCAGCAUUUAACCGCCGCUGCUCCGAGCCCAUUGUCCUCCUCUCAGCUGACCUCGAGAGCCUGUGCAGUCACUCCAGGAGCCACGACGACUGCUCAGUGGAGAGGAGGGACUUUGAGGAGCAGCCUCUGAAGAAGCCAAUCUCAGACGACUCCUUCUUGCUCAGAGAACGAGGUGGAGUGAGACAAGUGUUGUCUUUUCCAAAACUGAAAAGCAACUCUAACAUGGAUCCUCUGCCCAACAUGGCAGGUAACUGCUCGUGCUCUUCCCUUGAGAGUGCUGCCUCUAAUCAAUCUGAAGGCUCUGUUUUCACCAGUUCCCCUCUGGGGUCGCCAUCCUGCCCCAGGAAAACAAACACCUCCAACCAGCCCUCAAUGGAGGCAAAGGCUCAGCAGGACAUUGCCAAACCGAAUCCAGAGGAGAGGAGGCGUUCACAGUCCGUGAGAGUUGUCAGUAGAGUCCUAAUGAGGACUAGGAGCUUAGGGGCCUUCAGCAGAAGCAGCGUGAAGAAAGACUCUCAGAAGGAAAAUGCCUUCCCUUGUGAAACUCUCCAGGAGGACUCUCAGAGUGAAGCAGAUCCACCAGCUGAGUUCCUGCGUAAACCACGCCCUCAUUCGGCCAUUGAAGUGUUCAAACAGGUGGACAGCAAGCUGCCCUGCAGGCCUCCCUCAUACAAGCAGGCAGUGCAGAACACGGGUCCUCCUCCGCAGUACGGAUCGAUGACUGUACACGAUGCCAUACAGCUGGAGAGAAGGUCCCGUCCAUCGUCUGUAAAUUAUGACCUCCCACCUACCUGUUCAGUCAAUCAGUACAGAGAGUGCUUUGCUCAAGCAGCACAGGACAAAACCAACGAUGUUGAUCAGCGGCAGCCUUUCCGCCAGAGAGCUAUGUCCGAGUCUGUGUCUGCAGGUCAUCGUGAGGUCGCGUCACGGAGAUGUAGCCAGCCUGUGUUCGAGGAUUAUUCUUACGCCAAGGAGUCUUAUGUUUGAUUGACUUGGGAACUUUUUUACAGUACAGAUUUUAAGUAUACAAACGUUUUUUUAGUUAAAUAUCGUGGGCAAAGCCUAAGAACCAGUUUUUAAACUGCGAGUUAGAAACUUGACAAGCUUCUUUUAUUUUCAUUAAUACAGAGACAUUCAUAUGUUUUCUUUUAAUUGCAAGGCUUCAUAACAGCAGCUUUUUCUUCCAUUACUUCUUUCCUUUUGAAGCUGUGCCCACUGAGCAGCUUUGGUUGUAUACUUACUUGAAGUCCAAUCUAUUCAUUUUUCACUGUUUCACUUUGAAUGAAUGUCAGCUAUGUGCCGCCUCUACGGCAGCACUUUCUCAGUAGUACUAUUUAGAGUACAACAUUUAAAAGAUACGUAGUUAUCAUGAUAGAUAUCUAUCGCAAUGAAGCUAUGAAAACACAGUUCACUGUGGAUCGAAUAUGCUAUGAGUUUUGAUUUUUUGUUUGAAGUUGUAUGUGAUGUGUUUUUUUGUUGCUUUUUGUAAAUCCUUUUCACCUUACAUAGUCUUUUUCUUUCACUACAUUAAAGCACAUUUCUUGUGAUA